AACUGUAGGCUAAUGGUCCUUGUGGGUCUCUACUGGUAAUUUGUUGCCUUCUAUUGGUGGCAUGUUAUGUCUAGUGGAUACCAUUAAGGGCCAGUAAUUGUAAUGGUUUUAAUGGUUAGCUUAUAGUUUAAUGGAUAACUGAUGGUUUCGAUUGUUAUUUAUUUAUUUAUUUAUUUCCCAGCAGGGCUUAUAGACAUUUAAGACUUCAUGAUACAUUUCUGUAGUUUUCCACUUGUGAUUCAUACUGUAACAUAGUCCCUAAUUUUAGGCUAGGUCUAAAACGGGACUACAUAGUAAACAAUAUUUAGACAUGACUGCAGUAGAUAUGGCUGUGGACGGCAAAAUUAUUCUCAGGUUAAUAGUCAGCUAGAAGCGGGGAGCUGUUUGGUGGUGGUGGUUUCUUUAUUUGUUAAACCUGUGCCAAGUAUCCGACUUUACUGUCUUUUGUUUCACCGCAGGUGGCGUAAUAUUCUGAGGCGUUAUUCCCACUCCAGUAGAUUCAUCCAUUGAUCCAUUCAGUUUCCGGUGUAAUCCCGUUCUCGGCGCACUUCUCGCGAUACUCCAGUAGGGGGAGGAUACGGCACAGCGCGGUGAUCUCAUUGCUUCAGUAAACUGCAUGGUGCAGCUGGAACGAGUAGCAACUUUGAAGCAAACUUUUCACUUCUAGCGCCAUUGAAAUAAACGGAUUACGGUGUUUCUACAGUGUAUAUGUGGAGAAGCAGGAGUAGAUGGGGUUGGGUGAGGACGGCGGUGUGCGGUUGUGUUUAGGAGCGGAGAGGAAACGCUGUUUAGUAUUUCUCUCAUGCAGGGCAGCUGUUGUUGAAGAGGGAGUGGGAAGGAGUGUGAUUGAUCAGGCCUGACCAUUUUACAAGACCACCAUGCAGUCCAGAGAAAUAUUGCACUGAUGCCCAUAGUCUGUGGAAACCAAAGAACAAGGACCUAGUCUCCGUGGAGUGGAGCAAGCUGCCACAACCCCAUCCUGAAAAAAUGCUCCAGACUUAAGAUGCUCGGUUGGUGAGGCGUCACCAUGACAAGCCUGAAACGCUCACCUUCUGAGCGGCCUGCUGUGGGGACAGUCCAGGCCCCUGAAGAAUUUUACACUCGUCCGUUACGCCAGUCCAAUGGAGGGGUAUCCCUCCUGCGUCCAGAAAAUUCUUACCAGACAGGAGGCAUGAUUGGCGUACCGAAGAUGGGAGUCCGAGCUCGGGUUGCUGACUGGCCACCUAGGAGAGAUGGGGGAACUUUGCGACUACCCAUUACAAAUACCGAUACAACGACUCAUACAGGAGCUAGCUCAGGUAGUCAGCCCAAACUUGGUGCUCUGAUUGGUCCGCAAGAUUCAUUUAUGCUCCAAAGCAUCCAAAAGACACUACAGAGCAAGAUAAAUCCAGCCAGUUUUGGAAGCUCCAUGGAAGAGCAGUUGCUCACAGUUGACGAUCAUAGAAGCUCCUCUCGUGGUAACACUAGACGAAUCCGGCAACGCAGUAAUAGUGACAUGACCCUAAGUGAAGUUGACGGUAGUGGGGAUAGUGGGGAAGAUUGGGGCGCUAUAGGGACGAAGUGGUCUCCAUUGCACCGGGAGUAUGGCAGCGCUUCCUCCAUUGACCAGCAUGCUGUUUGCUCCUCUGAAGUCUCAAGGAACAGCUUCUUUGAGAUGCUAAAGGGCUAUGAAGGGGAGAAGCAAGACCAACGCAGCCCAGCACCUGAAAGACUGGCAGAACUUCUAACAGUCUCUACCAAAGAACAGGCUCUGCUGCUGGACUCUGCUGUAGAGGACUUGAAAAAUGAGUCUCCUUCUAGUCGGUUGAGAGAACGAGACAAGCCCCCCAAGAGAAGGUCCAAAUCUGAGACAGGGGGUGAAUCAAUAUUCAGGAAACUUCGCAGUGCGAGGACAGAUGUGGAUUCUCCCAGGGUGGGUUCUGAUAUGGAGGACAACCGUCUUGAAGAUUCCAAACCUCCCUUAAAGCCCUGGGUCUGCCAAAAAGGUUUUGCACACUAUGAUGUUCAGAGCAUGCUGUUUAACAUGAAUGAGGUGAUCCAGAACAGACAGAACUCUGCAGCCAAAUGCAAAAACACUACUUCUGGUGCCUCCGGUGCCUCUGCUGCUUCUGCUUUUUCUGGUUCAGCAACAUCCACCCUAUCUUCAACACACAGCCUGCCGUACAGCUCUCCUGGUGGAAGCCAGGAGGAACUUAACACGCGGGAUAGUCCCACUUUGGACACAACCGACGAUGAGGGCGGUGGACUAGUACUGAAAUGUCCUUGUUUCUGUACUGAAACUGGGGGUGACUUUAGACAUAAGGUAGGGGUUGCUGUAGCAGGUGAGCUGGGUAGUGGGAGCUCCAGGGUUUUUGGACGAGAUGAAACUACACUAAGCCACCAUUGCACCAAUGGGGGCAUUGCUGUUGUAGAGGGUCCCAAAGAUGCAUCCGGCUUACUCGGUGAGAGGGACAAACAGUAUGUCGUUGAGCAUGUGGACCUUGGGGCAUAUUACUACAGGAAAUUAUUUUACUUGAGAGAGCAUUGGAACUACUUUGGUGUCGACGAGGGGUUGGGCCCGGUGGCAAUAAGCAUAAGGAGAGAGAAGUUGGAGGACCACAAGGAGCAUGGCCAGCAGUAUAACUACCGAAUAAUAUUCAGAACCAGUGAGCUGACUACCUUGAGAGGCUCUGUACUUGAGGAUUCGGUGCCUUCCACUGCUAAACAUGGUACUGCUCGAGGGUUACCCCUUAAAGAAGUGCUGGAAUACCUGCUCCCAGAGCUGGACAUCUCCUGCCUGCGGCUUGCCCUCAAUACACCAAAAGUGACCGAGCAGCUGAUGAAAUUGGAUGAGCAGGGGCUUAGUUUCCAGGUGAAGGUAGGGGUGAUGUACUGUCGCGCAGGCCAGAGCACAGAGGAGGAGAUGUAUAACAACGAAAUGGCUGGUCCUGCCUUUGAAGAGUUCCUGCAGCUCCUGGGAGAGAAAGUGCGAUUGAAAGGGUUCAGCAAGUACCGGGCUCAGCUGGACACCAAGACGGAUUCCACUGGGACACACUCUCUGUACACAGCAUACAAGGACUACGAGAUCAUGUUUCACGUGACAACAAUGCUGCCAUAUACUCCAAACAACAAACAGCAGUUGUUGAGGAAAAGGCACAUUGGGAAUGAUAUUGUCACCAUCGUUUUCCAGGAGCCAGGAGCUCAUCCCUUCACCCCCAAACACAUCCGCUCACAUUUCCAACAUGUCUUCAUCAUCGUCCGCGUUCACAAUCCCUGCUCAGACAACACCUGCUACAGUGUGGCAGUCAGCCGCUCGAGUGAUGUGCCCUCGUUUGGUCCUCCAAUCCCCAAAGAAGUGACUUUACCCAAAUCCACCGUGUUCCGAGAGUUCCUUCUGACGAAAGUCAUCAACGCCGAGAACGCCGCUCACAAAUCAUCCAAGUUUGGUGCCAUGGCUACACGCACACGUCAGGAGUAUCUGCGCGACCUGGCCGAGCGGCAUGUCACCAGCACGCCAGUGGAAUCGUCGGGGAAAUUUCCUUUUAUCUCUCUGGCCCAUAAGCGAAAGGAGAAAAUCCGGCCUUACGCAGGAGCAGAGCUGCGCAGCCUGGGCGCAAUCACGUGGGCAGUGCAUUUGGAGGACCUGGCGAUGGGGGCGGAACGUGAGGGUCUGCUGGCCAUCUCCAACGAGUUUGUCAUUAUCCUCGACCAGGAGAUCAAAGCCUUGGCAUUCAACUGCUCCACAAGAGAUGUGAUUGGCUGGUGUCUGGGAAGCCCCGCCUCCAUGAAGAUCUACUAUGAGCGUGGUGAGAGUGUUUCACUGCGAUCCAUCAAUAACAACACAGAGGACUUUGGCGAGGUCGUCAGACGCCUGGAGCUGGUGACAAAGGGCAGUCAGACGAAGGAGAUGACACUGAGAAGGAACGCUCUGGGCCAGCUCGGGUUCCAUGUGAAUUUUGAGGGCAUUGUAGCCGACGUCGAGCCCUAUGGCUACGCAUGGCAGGCCGGCUUGAGGCAGGGCAGCCGAUUGGUGGAGAUCUGCAAGGUGGCUGUGGCAACGCUGUCACACGAGCAAAUCAUUGACCUGCUGCGCACCUCAGUGACGGUCCGAGUGGUGAUCAUCCCUCCACAUGAGGACUCCACUCCCCGCAGAGGUUGCUCGGAGAUAUACCACAUGCCGCUAGUGGACUACAAAAACCACAAAGAGGGGAUGCCCUAUGAGUACAAGUUCCCGUUUCGCAAUAGCAACGAGAAGUGGCCUCGACCCAGCGCUCCUCCACAGACCGUGGCCUGCGCUUCCCAGAAUCGAAAUGUCAACCAAGGCCAAGGGGCAACAGUAAGCAAGACUCCGAAUCCAGACUACACAAGACGGGGUUCGCUCCUCCCUCGCAGCGUGUCCAGCGAAGGCCGCCCACUGAAUGCUAAACGGUAUUCUCCAGGCUCUGACAACUACGCCCUGGCUUGCUCCAUCGUGAUGGGGCGGUCUCCCCACACCCGCAACUCCCCCAACAACCAAUCGUUCUCCAGCGACUCCAGCUCCAGCUCCACUCACUGGCGUCAGAAGUCCAAUCCAGAUGGGUUUAAUGCAAACCGCAGCUCACCAUUAGCUGCUGAUCGUCAAAUUGCGAAAGAGUGUGUGUGGGUUACACCCAACUGGGUCAGAGUGGUGGAGGGAGAAGGAGCCAGUAGGACACCAUCAGACCUGACAAAAAUAAAGCCACUCCUGACUAGCGUUGAUCAACACCACAAAGAUCUUAACACGUCACUGUACCCAAACACAAACUCGAAGAACGAUGCUACGUCCAUCAGCCAAUCCAGCAGCACCGCGCUGUCCAUCAACACCUCCAGCGCCACCCAUAGUGAGGAGAAGUGGUUCGAUUUGGUUGGGAGGCUGGACUCUGAGCUGAAUGGCUUUCCAACCGCUUGUCCCCAGGGAACUUCCGCUAACGGCCCCGUUGAAGCCACACCCAGGAACUUUGACUCAGUUCCAGUUAGCAUCAGCUCCAAGGCUAAAGAGAAAGCCUCAGCUCACUGGGUGGAGAACACCUCCACCUAUCAGGCUCCGCAGGUCUCCCCUGCAGGCUCCGAGACUCCUCUUCACACAGAUCUCGCUGAGAAUCAGACCAAAAGCCCUCCAGAUACCAGUUCCCAUACGCUCAGUGAUACAGCCUCUCAUUCCAGCACUCUGAGUUCAGUGCACUCGGGCAGCCCACCGAACUCCACUCAGGAGGAGUCAGCCCCUUCCACCUCCUCCCCCACCCAUCCAUCCCUCUCUCCUGGAGCCAAGAGCUUCUACCCCCGCCAGGGAGCCACCAGCAAGUACCUGAUUGGCUGGAAGAAACCAGGGGGCACCAUCAACUCGGUGGAUUUUGGUAGCAGUCGCAAGCGGCAUCAGAGCGAUGGGUAUUUAGGUGGGCAGCCUCAGCUACGGGCCACUAUGAAGGCGAGCCAGUCCCCUCAGCCCACUCCCAAAUCCACUGUAGAGGAGGAUCUAAAGAAGCUCAUCACUCUGGACAGCCCUCCACCUAGCUGUAGCAAAACUAAGCCCUCGUUUUCGUUGUCCACACAGACUCCCCGCUCCUUACAGCGAACCUUCUCUGAUGAGAGCAUCUUUAGUGGGCAGAGGGUGCUCACAGCCGCCCGUCAGAGUGCCGACCUGUUCGGUCGCUCCACCAUGCCGCGUUCACCCAGCGUGCGCAGCGUCCAACCGUCCUACACGCAGGGUGCCAAAUCUUUAGGUGACCUCACUUUUACAGAGAGCAGUGUUUUUGAGGCCGCGCCAUGCAGGAAGCCCCAGCAGGAUCCCGGCCUCAUGCCCCUUCCUGAUGCCAGUGCAGACAGCGGGCUCGACUGGUCUGACCUAGUGGAUGCCGCCAAAGCCUUCGAAGUUCAAAGAGCGACGUUUAUGGCAGUGAAAGAUGCCACUUCGAGGUCAGAGACACAGAAGACCGAGCUUCAGACGUCCCUACAGCAGCACGUCUCGUCCAGUGAGAGUUCUGCCAGUCUGAUCGGGAAGGUCAGCCAGCUGGAGUCUAUGGUGAAACUGCUGCAGGAGGAUCUGAAAAAGGAGAAGGACGCGAAGGCUUCUUUGCAGGCCCAGAUUCAGAGUCUGAGGGCAGACAAUCAGCGGCUGCUGGAGGAAUCUCAAAACGCCUCGGCCAAGCUGAAGAAAUUCACAGAGUGGGUUUUCAACACCAUCGACAUGAACUGACUCUCUGGCCUUCCGGUGCCAUAUUGCAACACUCAAAAUGCAAUAUGAUUACUCACAGCGAAUCUUUAAAUGAUUCACCGUGACUCCUGACAGUCAUAUCUGAACUGACCAUCAUGAUGAGAACCCUGCAUGUGUUUCUAAAUUUCUCUGAAAUCCGGAUUGGUAUCACGAAUUAAUGAUACUUUUUUUUUUUUUUUUUUUUUUUGCUGGUCAUUAAUUUGUUUUAUUGCUCACUCCCUCACUGUUCUUUGGCUCCUUUAUAAUGCGAUACCCUUAAAGAAACUCUACCUUGGUAUUAAGGCUUUAAAUUGGUAAUUCACUCGUUCUAGAAACGAUCAGAGAAUGCUAUAAGCUAAGUCGGCUAUGCCGUGCAGUUCUAACCUGUGCGAGAAUAUACAUGUUAAUAAACACUUGCAUAUAGAGAGAGAUGAAUUAACUGGUGAAUUUACAGGUGAUUUGCGCCAUAGCAGUAAAUGUUUGGGGAGCAUGUGUCAUGCUGGAAGCCAUUCCUAUACCGUUACAGUGACCUUACUUUGGGCAAUUACCAGAGUUUUAAUCUUUUGAUGUAUAUUCACAUAACCACUGGCUAUGAUAUUGGCCAUGGGCUGGUUUACUGAUUGGGGGGAAAAAGGGGUGUACUGUCUUACUUUUCAUGUUCCGCUGACACAAACAUGAUGGAGAUAUGGUUCAGAUUGAUGUAUUUAUGUGCAAAGGACCACAGCUGCCUCCAUCAUCCUCUGGCUAAGAGCCAAACUUGCAGUGAAGUCUGACUGCGGUCAGAUACGUCGCUUGCUCCUGUUUAACUGUUAAGAUGAUGAUGAUGAUACACUCAUCUUAGAGGUACCUGUGGUUGGUGAUACUCAAUCACGCUUCAAAGUCCGCUGCUUAUUUGAACUGACCACUUUGAAAUAUUUGAAAAGAUCAAUACAAAUGCGAUCUACGGCCUUAAUGUGUAACUUGAACCUACUGUAUAUCAGCUACAGUACUCAUUAUAAAGCCGGACGAUAUAGAACUGAGAGACAGUUGGUGCCAUAAGGUAAAUAUUUAUAUCUUAUUGUGUAUAAGUACAAAUAAAUUAAUGGCCUCUCUUGUACAAUUGCCCCGUAAAAAGAAAACUUAUUUUAAAAAAAUAUUUAUUUGUUGGAUAGUCGUUUUAAGAUGUAGAGGCAAGGGGGAUUCGGCAGAGUGCUCUGUAGCUGUUUGUAAAUAUUUCUUUUAUUCUUUUUUUUCUUCUUUUCUUUCCCCUCUUAUUUUUGGGUUAUGGAUGAGUGAAAUGUUGCCAUCUAUUGGAGAAAAUGCCACAUGAACUUGACUAAAAGGAGCUCAAAAUGGCAUUUUCUAUGAUUUACGAAAUGCGGUUUACACCUCUUCGUUUGUUUUUAUCUUUAUUAUAAACAAAUGGCACCUGAAAAGACGACAAGAUGUAUGUUCUUUCACGCAGUUUAAUCAUUGUUUUUACUGUGCUUGCUAAAUUCAUGUCACAUUUCCUCAUUGUGAGUGUGUAUCGUUCUCCUACCCCCACCCACCCACCCCCCGUUAUUUGUAUUGCUCUCCUGAUAGAGCUUAUUUUCCGUUGUCUGAAAUCUGACAUUCUUUCUGCAGACAUUACUGGAUCCUCUUUCCUGUUGGAAACUGUUAUCUCCGACGUGCAGUAGCACGUUGUAAUAUUUCCCUUAUCUUUUGACAUGUAAUGUCAUUUAUUCCAUUAAAAAAUAUUUUGGGUAUUUUAAACGCUUUUGUCAGAUUUAUUGGACAUGUUGCGUAUUUCCAUUUUAGAUAAUGCCACAAGCAAUUAAUUGCAGUUUAAAAAUAACAAUCGAAAGAGUAACCAUUUUUAAGAUGUUGAUUUUAGAUGCCACUUUAUAUCAGAUGCUAUGAGAGAGCCGGCACUUUUACCGAGGAUUUGAAGGUAACAGGAUGUGUGGACUUGUCGGAAGGGUAGGGUUUAUGAAGUCUGGUAAGUAGGUGGGAAUAGUGAGAGUGAGGUCAUGCAGAAAGCUUGACAAGUGUGUGUAACUCAAAAAGACAUGCCUUUCCUCAGAGGUAACGGGGAAAUAUGGCGCUACAACCCCCCACGCGCUGUAAGAGUCACUCGGAUCGGGUCAGUAAAAAGGGUGCCAGUGCCAAUCUUAAUGGAUUACGAGUUUAAUUUCUUCACUUUCUUCCAACAGUUCAGUUUUAUUAGAAGAGCAGUAUGUAUUGACCUUAUUUUGGUUUGCUUGUCCCUUAAUAAUCCACAGUUCUGUUGUACCAUUCUACGUACUGGUGAACGAGGUGCCUGUCCCUGUCUUUAAGGGGAAAAAAAUUAUGUAACAAUAAAAUACCCAGUAAAUAUCACUUUCUACAAAACAGUAAGACGGGUGAAGUUUAGCAGUGGGUUUUUUUCCCCACUCACUUGGCCAGUCCAGACAGUUGUCACCAGUUCUUUCUCCCCCCCCCCUCAUUACUACUUGUCCGGUCAUCCAUGUUUCAGGUGAAAUCACCAUUCGUUAGUGAAACUGUCAGAUUACGGCUAGCGUAAAAUCAUAGCACACACAGUUGUGUUAAUGUAUGUAUGUAAAUUUGUACAUGAAUGCAGAGGUUAUAUUCUUUGUUUCAGGGCAACAAAGAAUGGAGUUUGUGCUGUUUAAUCGAUGUCCCAUAGUAUAGUGCUCUCAACAUUGUUAGGAUGGAAUUACAGAAGAUUUUGAUAUGGCUAUUCUAUAUACCCUUCUAAGCGCUAAGACUUCAGGUUUAAAGUCAACAUGAACACCGUUUCCCUUAAUGAUCAAAGGUGUACACCACAGUUCAAAUUUGCCUUGAGUGGAGGAAUACAUUUUGCAAUUUUGAAAUAAAAAUAUUACAUGAGCAUUAUCAUCAUCAUGGUACCUUGCUAUGACUGAUGUGUACAUUGAAUUAUACAGUAGUAAUGGAGCCCGGAUCACAUAAGUUUCGUACAUAACUGAUCCUAGGAACCCAAGAUAAUAGUCAGGGGUGUGAGAAUCACCUGGAUAGCUUCUUCAAUGCAUGCACACGCAGGGCAAGACUUUCCAACAAAGUCACAAAGUGAUGUAUGAUGCAGUAUAUUGAAUUAAUACCUCUGUUAGACAGCAGUCUUUUCCCAG